AUGGCUGGUAGUCCUGUAUCCAUAGAUGGGGAAGAGAACGGUGGCGUUCCCGUGGCUAGUCGCUUCCAGGUACACUGCAGCCCAACUGCUGCGCCAUCUUCCAAUAGCAGCGGCGACACUCGACCGGAGAAUGGCAUCAAACCUGAUGCGCGCUCCCGUGCUGUUAGCACUCUUUCGAUGGGUAGCCCUAUCAGCCCUAAUGAUCUUGGUUUCCGCCAUCUGACUCUUGACGACGCGGCUGCGCGCCCAUUCAACAGCGAUGCGAACCGCUACACCAGCCCGUCUCAGCGUGGACCUCAAUCCUCCACCACGCCGAGCGUGUACUCUCCGCAGCCGCGUGGGCGCAUAUGGAGGGACAACAAUGCACGUCCAGGACCAGCAUUCAACAGCCGGGCCGGUAGUGGAGGCUACCGUAACUCUCGCACAUGGAUGUCACCCGAUGUUCAAGCACAGCAAGACUUCUUGGUCAUUCGCAACUCGAUGCGCCGGCAGUUCAAGAAUGCGGAAGUCGCCAAGUGGAAACUCGGUGACUACAUCGCCCAUCGUGAAGCAGUCAUCGCCUCGCAAGCGGAGCAGCUGGCUCGAAAAGUCCAGAUGCGGGAGACGGCAUCCACGUUGGACUCGGCGAUUCCUCUGGAGACCCAGGAGUGUCUGAGGAAGUGGGGGAUCAACGGCAACUUUGACGAGCAUGGCAACAAGGGACGAGUUCUUGGCGAAUCGACCAUCUGGUGCAAGGACUGGGCCAAUGGCAAGGACGAGAUCGCACCCUGGCCCUCGAUCGCUGAGAUGAAGUGGGAGGGCGACGACCGCGCCAAGACAGGUGUUGGCCGUUUCUUACCCCUUCCUCGCGAACAGGGUCCUCCGUCCCUAUCUUGGAACACGCUCCCGGUGGUUGACCAGUACCCUCUCGACCAGAUUGCAAAAAUUCCCACCAUGGAGGACGUCUACUUGCCUGUCGACGAUCAGAUCGAGGACGAGAAGGAGUACCUGUGGAGCAAGGGACUCGAACAGGAGAUGGAGGCCCUGUUGAAGUCGUAG